AAAGCCUUAGUAUGUCAUAUCCAAAUUCACUACAAAGAAAAAAGAUUAGUUAUUUCGGGUAUGAACUAUUCAGUGGAAGGUCGCACCCAGCGCACCGCCCUGGGACACCUAGCAAGCAAAGUUUCGCACUUCCUGUCACCUGAGAAAAUCACGACAACGAUCCAUGAAAUCACCGGUCACCUCACCUCACCUGCUCGCCUGAGACGCCAUUGACUUCUUCCUUGUCCACGUUUCGCUCCAAAGGGCUUCUCUUUCUCAAUAUUAUUUUCCUCUUAAACGCCACUUUGCUUCAGACGGCAAACAAUCACACUUCUCAGAGUCUACAGAGGGAAACUAGAGAGACUGAGGUUUGUUGGGUUUCUAGUCAUGGGAGCUUUAGCUCCUGUCUCUCCUUGGAUGCCAGAGGAUGAUCUUUUGUUAAAGAAUGCUGUGGAGGCUGGUGCUUCCUUGGAAUCAUUGGCUAAAGGUGCAGUGAAGUUUUCUCGAAAAUUCACUGUUCGAGAAAUACAAGAACGGUGGCAUUCUCUCCUUUACGAUCCAAUUGUUUCUGCUGAGGCUGCUUUUCACAUGAUUGAGUUUGAGCGUUCUGAAUCAACUUUUCCAUCAAAAUUCAGUAGAGCCGGGAAUACAAAAGAAAACAAAUGUCUUUCUGGGAAAAGGAAAGCUGAGAGUGUUCAUAGUUGUUACUAUGCAUUACGUAAAAGAAUUCGCAAUGAACCAUUUAACACCAUGGAUCUAGGUUUUCUCACUGCACCCACUGAUAACAAUUACAUGGGAAAUGAAGAUGAUCUUUUCUCUGGGCAUUGUAUGCUUGGAGAUCCAGUUUCAAAUCAUUUUCAACUUCAGGAAUCUAAUUUGGAUAUCAUGCAUCAUCCUUUUCCGCAAAUUGGGGAUGAUAAUGCUGCCCAUGCCUUUCAUGCACAAUUCCAGAAAACAGUCCUGGAGGAUUAUCCAAUGGAGCAAGAUAACGUACAUAAAGAGACUCCACAUAUACAUGGAGAAAAUAUGUCUCACUCUAGAAAUGGAUCUGUGAUUGAGGAAUUUGGAUCAAAAGAAUUGGCAGUGAACAGUGACCAGGUGCAUGGAUGCUCUAAGUUUGGUGAAGACCAUGUCUUUAGUUCUCCAAUUCCAGAGUGUGGAAUGUCAUUUCAUAACUUGGAGUUCUCAUCUCCACUUCCUGAGAUGCCAAUAUGGAGGACAGUUGAGGGUGUUUCAUCACCAAUUAUUCCAGUUAAUAUGCACACUGGAGACCUAUUUUCACUUCCUGGUGAUGGUGAUACUAAGAAUACAUGUCUGUCAGAAUAUGACAUCCACAGAGACUCCAACUUGAAGCUGGAAAUACCAUGUGCGGAGAUGAAAAAUACAGCUGCCAGCACAGAAGGUUAUCUGGCUGAACUUUCCAAUUCUCUUUUGAAUUUCACAAAUGAGGAAGAACUUCUAUUCACAGAUGAUGGAAAAGAUGCAAUUGACAAGUCUUACUAUGAUGGUCUAAGUUCACUUUUGCUAAGUUCACCAAAUGAUGCCAAUCAAAAUCACGUGGAGAGAGCAACUGAACCAGAAUCUUCCAUAGCUCCGGAUUAUCUUAUAAAUAAGUCUGGUGCAAGUCAUGGGAAAUUGGAUGAAGAUAGGGGGUCUCACUACAGUGGUGAUGCAAUUGGAGAUUCAGAUGUCCAGUUUCAUACAUCUGCAUCAAUUUCAAACCCUCAUUUUCCUGAACUGAGUGCUGGAGUUAUUAUCUGCACAUUAAACACCGAGGAUCCAGAGAUUCCAUACAACGAUGAUGUUGUCUUUACCAAUCACUUGCAUCCAAAAUCAUUUUCCUCUAUAGCGCGACAGAAUUUCCAUGAUGUUGGUAAACCAAAUUCUUCAACAGUUAAGGAAUUCUCAAAAGAUCCAAAAACUAGUGAAGGAGGUCCUGUAUUGAUGCAGAGAGAUCUAGAAAAAACUGGUCAUUCUCAUGUAUCUUCUCAUAUGAUAAGGUCGCAGUUACGGCCAGAAAUUAGCUCUCUUCAUCCAGUUGGUGAUCGUGGGGUUAAAUUUGGCUUGCCUAGUGGUAGCUCCACUCAGAGCAGUAUGAGUAUUGCUUGUUGUGGUUCUUCUCAAAUUAAUUCAGCAAAUGCUGGUACAGAAACUCUUAAACCUGCUAAACUGAAGGAAGAAACUCCAGAAGAAGUGCCAGUGAGGCAUUUUAACCAUAAUGCUGCUGAUUCUUCGAUGGAGAUGCCAGCUGUUGCUCCUGAUGGCUAUAAGUGUUAUUCCCAGACAAAUGCUAAUGAUGUCAAACAGGACCUAUGCGCACCAACAAGAAUUCAAAAACAUCAUGCAUCACAUGCUAACUCGGGGUCCACAGGUAUUAUGUCCUCAGAACAUGGGAUAGACCAUCCAUUAUCUGAUCCAGAAGAACCUCCCAUAGAAAGUGAUGAUGAUGUGCCGUAUUUUUCAGAUAUUGAAGCAAUGAUACUCGAUAUGGAUUUAGAUCCAGAAGACCAGGAUUUAUAUUCCAGUGAGGAAGUCUCAAGGUAUCAGCAUGAGGACAUGAAGAGGGUAAUCAUGAGGCUGGAGCAGGGUGCUCAUUCUUAUAUGCAAAGAGCCAUUGCAUCUCAAGGAGCAUUUGCUGUUUUAUAUGGCCGCCGUUCAAAGCAUUAUAUUAAGAAACCUGAGGUUUUACUUGGUAGAGCAGCCGAUGAUGCUAUUGUUGACAUUGACUUGGGGAGGGAAGGGCGCACAAAUAAAAUAUCUCGUCGGCAGGCAACUAUAAAUUUGGACAAAGGUGGAUCUUUCUAUCUGAGAAAUAUUGGCAAAUGUUCUAUCACGGUGAAUGACAAAGAAAUAGCCGCUGGUCAGAGUUUAAACCUUACUUCCAGUUGUUUGAUUGAGAUAAGGGGUAUGCCAUUCAUAUUUGAGACCAACCAAACUCGUGUGAAGCAGUAUCUGGAUGGCUUAAUCCAGAAGAACCAAACUCAGAAGCACCAACUUUGACGUGUUGCAGAAAUGUCUUGAACUGGAAUGUCAUCAGAAGGUGCUCAUUUUUUUUCCUGCACUUUCUGGGUCGUUCUUGCAAACUAUGUUCAACCUGUUGUAUGUACGAACAAGCAUGAGUAUGACUACUGCUGUAGAAAAAGGACUUGCGUUUUCUCAUUCGAGAAAACAUUUUCCAUAUAAAGGAUUUUUUUCCCCCCCAACAUUGUGUAGAUAGGCUUAAUAGAUGCAUCAUCAUCCACAAAGCUCUGCCUCUGCAUGGAAUUCAAUUAGACAACAGAGAUGAAUGGCACAGUAACGGCGUCUUGCAUUA